AUGCUGAAGGCGGUCCUGCUACUCAGCACCUUCCUUGCUGUAGGGGGCGAGCAGUGCGAGAGCGAUGAGAGCCAGCUCCUACAGCACUCGACUGCGAAGGACGAGGAGAUCCCUGGUAGUAGAGUUACUGGACAACUAAGGAUCUCCUGGGAAGAUUUCGCGCAAGCUGUCCAGCAGCGCGGCGACCACGAGAGCUCCAUGCCGAUCUUCAUGGCCAAGAUGGGCUUGGACACGGCGCUGACCAUGCUGACGCAGCAGGUGCGGGGCAUAGACAAGGAGGCGACGAGGAUGGACACGCAGCUCGAUGGCAUGGUGAAGAAGGCCCACAAGAGCCAGGAUGCGGCCCUGCAGCGUGCCCUCGCCCCUCUCAAGCACCUCUUCGCCUCGAUCUCCUACAACCUGAAGAAGGGCGGCGCCCAGACGAAGUCCGUGCUGAAGAUGGCCGGCCUGCAAGAAGCGAGCAAGGCCUACGAGGCGUCCGUAGUGCAGGCCGAGCAGGUCCUGAAGUCCCUCCAGGAGGCCUGCACUUCGGGAUCCGGGGAGGCCCUUGACCAAUGCUCCACAGAGAGCGCGGCGUUCAAGGAUGCGUACCCGAAGAUCAUGGAGGAGUUCCUCAAGGCCCUGGGCGACGACCUCCUAGACAGCGUUGGGGACAAGUCCGCCCUUCAGAAGUACAUCGACGCGAAAGUGCCUAAGGUGCUGGAGAUCGUCGAGAGCAUGAGCACAAAGGUGCACGAUGUUCUGGCGGACCUGAUGGCUGACUUGGCCAAGCUGGGGACGCCCUAA